AUGGCCGCGAACGCUGUCUUAUCGCCAUCACAGCCACGCCCUGGACUCCCUGCCGGCUCUACCCACCCCUCAGCUGCCGCCGCUGCCUCCGCCGAUGCGCGUGCUUCAUCCCACCUUCUCGCAUCGCUUCCUCAGUCCAGCCCCGGUCUUCUCUCCGCCUCUGUCUCCCCCUCAGCUCCCGCCGCGGCUAUCUCACCCUCCUCCGCCAAUCCGCCUGCUUCAUCCCACCUUCUCGCAUCGCUUCCUCAGUCCAGCCCCGGUCUUGCCUCCGCCUCUGUCUCCCCCUCAGCUCCCGCCGCGGCUAUCUCACCCUCCUCCGCCUAUGCGCCUGCUUCAUCCCACCUUCUCGCAUCGCCUCCUCAGUCCAGCCCCGGUCUUCCCUCCGCCUCUGUCUCCCCCUCAGCUCCCGCCGCGGCUAUCUCACCCUCCUCCGCCUAUGCGCCUGCUUCAUCCCACCUUCUCGCAUCGCCUCCUCAGUCCAGCCCCGGUCUUCCCUCCGCCUCUGUCUCCCCCUCAGCUCCCGCCGCGGCUAUCUCACCCUCCUCCGCCUAUGCGCCUGCUUCAUCCCACCUUCUCGCAUCGCCUCCUCAAUCCAGCCCCUGUCUUCCCUCCGCCUCUGUCUCCCCUUCAGCUCACGCUGCGGCUAUCUCACCCUCCUCCGCCAAUCCGCCUGCUUCAUCCCACCUUCUCGCAUCGCUUCCUCAGUUCAGCCCCGGUCUUCCCUACGCCUCUGUCUCCCCCUCAGCUCCCAACGCGGCUAUCUCACCCUCCUCCGCCAAUCCGCCUGCUUCAUCCCACCUUCUUGCAUCGCUUCCUCAGUCUAGCCCCGGUCUUGCCUCCGCCUCUGUCUCCCCCUCAGCUCCCGCCGCGGCUAUCUCACCCUCCUCCGCCUAUGCGCCUGCUUCAUCCCACCUUCUCGCAUCGCCUCCUCAGUCCAGCCCCGGUCUUCCCUCCGCCUCUGUCUCCCCUACAGCUCCCGCUGCGGCUAUCUCACCCUCCUCCGCCAAUCCGCCUGCUUCAUCCCACCUUCUCGCAUCGCUUCCUCAGUUCAGCCCCGGUCUUCCCUAUGCCUCUGUCUCCCCCUCAGCUCCCGCCGCGGCUAUCUCACCCUCCUCCGCCUAUGCGCCUGCCUCAUCCCACCUUCUCGCAUCGCCUCCUCAGUCCAGCCCCGGUCUUCCCUCCGCCUCUGUCUCCCCCUCAGCUCCCGCCGCGGCUAUCUCACCCUCCUCCGCCUAUGCGCCGGCUUCAUCCCACCUUCUCGCAUCGCCUCCUCAGUCCAGCCCCGGUCUUCCCUCCGCCUCUGUCUCCCCCUCAGCUCCCGCCGCGGCUAUCUCACCCUCCUCCGCCUAUGCGCCUGCUUCAUCCCACCUUCUCGCAUCGCCUCCUCAGUCCAGCCUCGGUCUUCCCUCCGCCUCUGUCUCCCCUUCAGCUCCCGCCACAGCUAUCUCACCCUCCUUCGCCUAUGCGCCUGCCUCAUCCCACCUUCUCGCAUCGCCUCCUCAGUCCAGCCCCGGUCUUCCCUCCGCCUCUGUCUCCCCUUCAGCUCCCGCCACGGCUAUCUCACCCUCCUGCGCCUAUGCGCCUGCUUCAUCCCACCUUCUCGCAUCGCCUCCUCAGUCCAGCCCCGGUCUUCCCUCCGCAUCUGUCUCCCCUUCAGCUCCCGCCGCGGCUAUCUCACCCUCCCCCGCCUAUGCGCCUGCUUCAUCCCACCUUCUCGCAUCGCCUCCUCAGUCCAGCCCCGGUCUUCCCUCCGCCUCUGUCUCCCCCUCAGCUCCCGCCGCGGCUAUCUCACCCUCCUCCGCCUAUGCGCCUGCUUCAUCCCACCUUCUCGCAUCGCCUCCUCAGUCCAGCCCCGGUCUUCCCUCCGCCUCUGUCUCCCCUUCAGCUCCCGCCGCGGCUAUCUCACCCUCCUCCGCCCAUGCGCCUGCUUCAUCCCACCUUCUCGCAUCGCCUCCUCAGUCCAGCCCCGGUCUUCCCUCCGCCUCUGUCUCCCCCUCAGCUCCCGCCGCGGCUAUCUCACCCUCCUCCGCCUAUGCGCCUGCUUCAUCCCACCUUCUCGCAUCGCCUCCUCAGUCCAGCCCCGGUCUUCCCUCCGCCUCUGUCUUCCUCCCAGCCACCCUUGCUGCUCUCUUGCCCUCCUCCGCCUAUGGGCAUGCUCCCUCCUCUCGUCUCACCCCGUUCACACAGACCACCGGUCUUCCCUCCGCCAUCGCCUCACAAGCUACCCUUUCCGCUCUCUCACCCUUCCUUGCUGGUGUGCAAGCUUCAGCACAUGCCCGCACCUCACCUUUACAAUCUGGUCUCCCAUUCCCCGUCGCUUCCCUUCCUGCUACCUUCGGAGCUCUCUCACCCUCUUCCGCCUAUGGGUUCAAUUCCUCCCACCCUCUCACCUCACCUCUACAGUCAUGCCCUGUUAAUGGCUCCGCCUCUGCCACUACAGCCGCUACACAGACUCCGUCUUUCAUCCGUUCUCAUCCUUCGUCCGGCCAGCUUGCUGCUGCCGCUUUCUUAUCCCCUGGACUAGCAUCAGCCUCGGCCUUCACUCUUCGUGCUCCUGCUGCUCGCUCCCCCACUUCGGCCGUGACGCUGCGAGCUCUGCCUUCAGUUUCCCCCGCACCCUCUUCUUCAACGCCCCUUUCCGCCUCCCAUCUGCCACAGGCAGUACGGCCGUGGAAUCUUCGGCCACGCAAGCAGAAGUCCACUCCCACCGACCUGCCUCCAACAGAGGUUGAUGGCCAAAAUCUUGAAGAAGAGUCAGAUGAUGACUCGCUUUUUUAUUAUGGUCCCGAGAGGGAAUCCGAGGGCGUUGCUGCACCACACCAUGGUGCAUCGAGGGGCCUUCGCGCCCAACUGGAAGCAUCGCAGGCAGAACGCCGUGCUCUGGCUCGUCGUGUGAUGGAGCUGGAGAACGAGCGUAUUCAUAAAUCACCGCAUCAGCCCUCGCAGGGAGUGGGUAAUUCCAAUCCAACCCUUGUCCAGCACGAUGUUACCAUCCCUGCUGCCCCCCAUGAUCACCCCAUCUCUGCCUCGCCCACUCCUCCAGCCCUUACUCCCAACAGCAUUGCACUCUCCAGCCAGCCCACUUCAGUUCUCCCCCUCUCUCCAUCCAACGUGGUGUGGCCGCGCACUCAAGCGGCUUUUUGUCGUGCGGUGGCAAGGGCACGUGCUCGCAGGGAGUUGAUUGACUGCUCGAGAAUGAGCCAACGGCAAAGAGAGUGGGCAGUGAAAACGAUUACUUCACUGGAUGCUGUUCCGGAUGUGCGUGGUGGCCUUGCGGUGAGUCUUGCAGAGCUUUUUGUAGUGUUCUCAUGCCUCUGUACCCUCCCCUCGCCAUUCCAUUCUUGA